AGGAGCUGCAAGUAAACAAUAAUCAACAAAGGAACAUUGUAGAAGAGCUAGAUAUUAAUUGUUCUUGUCAGUUUAAAUACGUAGUGAAAUUCAUAAUGGAUGUAUUUCUAAUGAUCCGACGAAAAAAUAUGACGAUAUUUACAGAUGCGAAAGAUAAUACGACAGUUCUUGAACUUAAGAAAAUGAUAGAAGGUAUAUUGAAAGUACCACCUGUCAAUCAACAGCUGUUCAACAAAGACAAUGUUCUAAUGUCAGAUAGUAAACUUUUAUCUGAUUAUGGGCUAACAUCUGCAACUGCAAAACCACAAUGUCCUGCAUUAGUAGGAUUAGCAAUACGUCAAGAUAAUGGUCAAUUUGAACCUUUAGAAAUGACCCCAUUCUCACUACCACCUGAUCUACCAGAUGUCAUGAAAUCUCAGGAAACCACUGAAUGCCAAGAACAAUAACCUUGACACAAUAUUACCUUUGUGAACCAACUGAUGAUAAGGCAUUACUAAGAGAAUUUGAAGAACAAAUAACAAUAACAUUUAUAGAUAUACACUACUGCUAUAGUAGACUAUAUAAAUCUACAUAUCUUAAAACUAAAAAUAAUAGAAAGUCACAGUACAUAAACAAGGGCAGUUGAUAUCUAUUUCAGCAUUUAACUUGCUACACAUAAAGCAUAUAUUUCAUCUUAA